AUGUCAGAUGGAACGAUAACGGAACAAUCAUCGAUAUGUGAACAAAAAAAUGCACAUGAAGUAUGUGCCAUAAUGAAUUGCUCAUUUAGUGCAGUGAAAAAAAAGCAAAUUAGUGGCCAUCGGGGUGAAAAGGUGAAAAUUAUAAAUAUUGAUAGAGAAGGAUAUGCAGAAGUUGAGAAAGAAGAUGGAAAGAAAGGUUAUAUUCCGACUUAUUUCCUUGAUCUAAAUACGGUACCAGGUGAUAAUUUUGCUCAGCAAAUAAGAUAUCGUCGAAAAUGGUAUCAUUUAGUGGAUUCUGGUCAGGAAAUAUUUUUCAAGGAUAAUCCGUCCAAUUUAUUAAAUAAUAUUUCAUAUUUAACUAAUUUAGUAUCAUUUCUACCUGUUCAAAAGCAAUCUUUUUCGCUACUAUUUUCUCAUUCGCAUAAAAGACCAAUUUGUAUUGAACCUUUACAAGAUAUGAGAAUAAAAUUAGGCGAAAAAAUAACUUUGAUGUGUAAAUUUUUCUCCGAAGAAUCACAUACGAUUACUUGGCGUGGUCCAGUAAUUACAGCUAAACGUCAAUAUGAAGUUACCACAAACAAAGAAGGCUAUUCACUGUUAACACUUAAAAAAUGCGUUGAAGAAGAUAGUGGACAAUACUGGGUUCAAGCUGAAAAUAUCUUCGGUAAAUGUCAUACUGUCGCAUGGAUUACAAUAAUUGUACCACCUGGUAUUACUCAUAUUACAACAUGUAAAGCAGUUAAUCGAAAUAGUGUAUUGUUGCAGUGGAAAGAUGCAAGAAAGGGUAAUUCAAAAAAUGUGUAUUAUGUUGUGGAAUAUAAACGAAAAGAUAUGAGCGAUUAUCAGAUAGCAAUGGAAGGUAUCAUUGGUACAUCGACAGUUAUCGCUGAUCUCAAAUCUACUUUCCACUCCUUUCGCAUUUAUGCAUUUAACGAAUAUUUCAAGGGUAAAACUGGCCCAACUGCUGACGUUGACUUAAAUUUGGCUUUUUUACAAUCUUUAUCAUCAAUUACUUGUAUUGGUGAUGUUAAUGCUGAGACAGAUUAUAUUGAUGAAGCAACAUAUUCAAAAAUUUAUGACAUUGCUCGCAUAGUAUACAAAGGAAAAUUUGCUUACGUGAAAGAAAUAAUACGUAAAAGUGACAAGAAACAGUAUGCAGCAAAAUGUUUCAUGCGUGAAUUCACACAAACUGAAAAUGAAUGGGAAAAUAUUCAACGUGAAAUCAGUGUUAUGCGUUGCAUUCGACAUCGUAAUAUUGUUGCUUAUCAUGGAGUUGUUAAACUUAACAAUCAAUUAAUCAUGAUUAUGCAAUGGUUAAAUGGUCCACAUCUAUUAGACUAUAUAAUACGUCUGGGAUAUAUUUCUGAAGUAUUAAUUCAACGAUUCUGUAAAGAUCUCCUAUUAGCAUUAGAAUAUCUUCAUUCCUUUCAAAUUGCUCAUCUUGCUAUUCGGCCGGAGAAUUUAUUAAUGCAUAUUAGUAAUAUUGUACGACUUGUGGUGAUCGAUUUUGGUUCUAGUCGAUAUUGUAAUGAAGAAGCAGUUGUUUGGAAUCAUGGUGCAAUUGAUUUUGCUUCACCGGAACAAAUCUCUCACCAUGAAGUUACAAUAAAAUCAGAUAUGUGGAGUUUUGGAAUUAUAUUAUAUACAUUAACAACCGGUAGAAUACCAUUCGACGAUGAAUAUUAUGAAAUGAUACGAUUAAAAAUUUUAUCUAAUAUUUCAACAAUUGAUGAGAUAAGAAUUUAUCGAAUUUAUUCACAGCCAAUUAUUGCAUUAUUGAAAUCUGUAAUUGUCAACGAUGCCGGAGCUCGAUUGUCAGCAACAGAAUGCCUGAAAAGCGAGUGGAUGCAAAGUCAAGGAAGCGAAGAACUUUUUCUCGUAGAUUAUUUGGAAGAUUACAAGGAACGACGUAAGGAGCAACUUCGAAGGAUUGGUGAUUUAUUUGAAGAUUGUGAAUGUGUGUCUAUCUGUUGA